CCCCCUUCUCUUUAUACUCCUCCUACUCUGGCACCAGCCCCUCACCUCACCUUCCAAAAUCCAAAACCCUUUACCCCUCAAUCCCCAUUGCUUCGUUUUCGGGAUUCUUCUGUUUCUGUUAUGCUUGAGAACCGGAAAAUGGCUUCCAAAGAUUCUAAAGAAAGCAAGAAGGUGGUACUGACGCUGCAACUCAGUCUGCCUUUUGAUCCUCCGGUGGCCGGUGUUGAAUUCGUCCCUCACUCUGUUGUGAGAACCUCCACCGGCUUGCUACAGAACGUUCCCCCGCAUUCCUUCUAUUUCAGCUGGUACCGCAAAGAGCCUUUUACUUGUUCUGUCCACCCUUCUGAGUCAGCCACUGUGCAAUGUCGUAGUUGUGUAAAAUUGAAUAUACCUGUGGAGGACAGUUAUCAUUGUAGUCCACAGUGCUUCCAACAUGCAUGGAAAAGGCAUGCAAUGUCUCAUCAUAAUGCAAAUGAAACUGUAAGUGAGACUACAAUUGUUGUUCAACAUGAAUCAGGAGAGCCUAGUAGUUCUGCAUGGGCUGACUUUGAUCAUGGCAAAUCAUUUGAUGAGAAUCUAGACCUAGAAGGGGUAGGAUGGGUUAAAGUGGGAUUUUCAAAAAUAUAUGAGACUACAAAUGAUGAUAUUGACUUCCCUCUGAAGCUGGAGUGUACGGCUGUAGAUCAUGCUAAGGGUACUUCUCUGGUUCAAACUAUAGUGACCAAUCCUGUUAUUAGUUUCCCUCAUCAUUCCCCACGGCAGAUGAUUGCAAUUGGAGGUGAUGAGAAACAUGGCAACAUUGAUCUCAAAUCCCAGUCUUCUAAUGGUUUGACAUUUCGAGUGCUAUCCUACAAUAUACUUGCCGACAUAUAUGCUCCGAACAACCUAGGUCACUGUCUGGCAUGGGCUCUUGCCUGGCAAUACCGCAGGAAAAAUUUGUUGAAUGAGAUCAUUGAAUAUAAUGCAGAUAUUAUUUGUCUUCAGGAGGUAUUUUCAGGUCUCUACUUUGUAAAUGAUGGAUGUGCAACUUUUUACCGUCGUGAUCUUUUCAGAGAAAUCAUGAAAUCUGAGCUUGAGUUUGAGGGGAAAGGAAAGAUGGUAGUUGAGGAAUUAUUGGGGCCUGACCUUAAGGAUGCUGAUCACAUUCGCUUAAUAAAGGAUAAUGUUGCACUUAUUGUCAUAUUACAAGCCUUGAAAAAUGGCAGUGCUGAUAAUGACCUUCCAUCUAGAAUUUGUGUGGCAAAUACCCACAUUUGUGCGAAUCCUGACCUCCCUGAUGUAAAAGUAUUCCAGGUUGCGACCCUUAUCCAUGAACUUGAGGAAAUUGUCGAAUCAAAGAUUCCUCUAUUGAUUUGUGCUGAUCUGAACUCUUGUCCGGGAAGCAAUCCUCAUACAUUGCUGACAAAAGGUAGACUCAAACGUAUUGAAGGAGAUAAUCCACUGAAGAUUGAUCGCUUCAUCAAGCUUGUCUAUCAAAUGCAACUGGAAAGUGCAUACGCAUCUUUUCUCCGUUCAAGGGGGAUCGAUCAAGAGCACUCAAGUAAGAUGGAUCCCAACAACUUUGAGCCUCUGUUUACCAAUCUCACUCCAACUUUUUCUGGAACGCUGGAUUAUAUUCUCUACACAGCUGACAGCUUCAAAGUUGAAGGCUUAUUGGAACUUCCAGGCAAGGAAAUUCUAGGCGAGGGCUAUCUCCCAUCUCCUUACUUGUCAUCAGAUCAUGUUGCUCUCAUGGCACAAUUUAGACUCUUGUCACCAAAUGCCUCCUCAAAGCAUCAACCACCAAGUCUAAAGAAGUGAUUUCUGAUACCGCAUUUGUUUGUAUAGAAACCAUAUACAGGGAUUUAGAAUGCACAGUUUUAGAUUCGACAUCACAGAUCACAGUAUUGUACAAUGAUUCUUUGACAGUUUUGUCAAUUCCGCUUCCUUCUCAGUCAAUUUUUUGCAGUCUUACAGCCUAUGACAAGUGUGGCUGGAAUUCAUCUUCUCAUAUAGUUAUAUAUCCGCAAUAAGUUGUACAGACUACA